GUAGUCAUUUUAUGUUGCUUCGAAAUUAUGGCUUUUUUUUACUUCAUUGUCUGACAUUGAUCUUCUUUCUCUUUGAACAGGGUCACGGUGGUGAAUACGCUAUUCUACGAGCCUCGACAACGUCACAGUCAAAGGAUUUUUGCGUUGCGUAUUCUCCUUUAUGGCGUGAGUUACCAACGAAAUUAUCAGAUACUCCAAAAUAUGAGUAUGUUGUCGUGUCUGUUGAAGAAUUGUGUUCACGAAAGUCGAUGAAAUACUACAACAAUAAAGCUGUAUUUGUUGAAACAAAGGGUUACAACUGUACAUACACAGAAGGGCCCAAGGCUGUCCAAUCUCGAAAUGGAACGGAACUAAUACUUGUGAAUGAAGUUUUGUUUACUGCCCAACCUUCAACAGACCACAUUAACUCCACAAUUUCUGUUGCUGUGAUGAAGACCUCGGAUUUUGGUACCAUGAAGAAACUUGGUAAGAAAGUCAGAGUUCAACUCUAUGAACCACCACUUGCUGCUGUAGAUACAAACCUUGCUGUCAUUUGGUUCCUGGCAGUUGGUACAGUUGUCAUUGGUGCUUACUGGAGUGGUAAUACUGCAAACGAAUUGAGGCUAAAGCAAGAGAUUUCAUUAUCAUCCAACGACUCAGAAGAUGAAGAGGCCGCCAUGAAAAUCACCCCCUUGAUGGUGGUCAUAUUUGUGUUAUUGAUAUGUCUCUUUCUUGUGAUGGUCUAUUAUCUCUAUUCCUACGUUGUAUAUGCAAUCAUUGGUGUGUUUGCAUUUGCAUCGGCAUCUGGCAUGUACGAAUGCCUAGAUGCGAUGGCUCAUCUACUGCCCUUCUGUGCAUGUAGAAUCACAUUGCCAUGUUAUAAGAAGACAAGCUUCACAAUGAAGUCAGUUAUCGUGCUAGCAAUUUCCCUUGGAGUCAGUACUUGGUGGGUGAUUGUACGAAAUAGAAGUUAUGGUUGGAUUUUACAAGACACGCUUGGUGUAUCAUUUUGCAUUUCACUGUUAAAGAAUCUUCGCUUACCCAGCAUGAAAAUCUGUACUUUGCUGCUUCUCUUACUUCUUGUUUAUGAUGUAUUCUUUGUGUUCAUCACACCUCUCUUCUCAGCCAGUCACAACAGUGUAAUGGUUGAUGUUGCAACAGGCGAAGGUCAUAAAGAACAGCUACCGAUGGUUCUGAAAGUUCCACGAAUUAUCCGUUCACCAUUGUUGAUUUGUCAGAGAAGGGAUUAUUCGCUGCUAGGAUUUGGGGAUAUCUUAGUUCCAGGUCUAUUUGUGUCAUUCUGUCAUUCAUUCGACCGAAUGGCCAAUACUCCGUUACGAAUAUAUUAUGUUGCCAGUUCAAUAGCGUAUGCCGUUGGUCUAGUCGUGACGUUUGCCGCGCUGUUGAUGGAAGAAGGUCAACCGGCUUUGGUGUAUCUCGUGCCGUGUACCUUGCUCACGGUCAUCGUCAUCAGUCUCAUUCGAGGAGAAUUUUGUGAUCUUUGGCAUGGGACUUACGAUUUGAACAACCCAAGCGUUGAACCGCUGGUACAAAGCGACGAUGAAGAAGACUGUAUUUUUGACAGGACAGCGGGCGCAGAAGGCCGCAACCUCAGCAACAAUAAGCACGUUAAGGAGGAAGAUGAAGUGAUCAAUUAA